AUGCGAAAUUGGAGAAAACGAAUUUUGAAAAUCCGGUGUCAAUCCAAGAAAAACUAUACAAAUGCAGAAUUUAUUUUAAAAACUGUGCUAUUCUUUCUAAUUUUUUACGGAUGUUUUGUCAGUUUUGGAAUGCUCAUCUACGCGGAUGAUUUCAAUAAUCCACGAGAGGAGUUUUUCAUCAAAUCCGCAAUGUUUUAUUUGCCAUUGCGUAUUCGGACUGGAGAGGAAAUCGCAAAGAAAGCAGAAGAAUUAGCUGCCGAUAAAUUUCGCGAUGGAGACUACAAUAUUCUUUUGAGGAAUUGUCAACAUUUUGUGUCUCUGUGUGCCACUGGAGUUGAAUUUGCCAUCAUCUGA